AUUCUAUUCUAUUCAUACAACUGUUCUUCUUGUCUGAACCGUUUUAUCCUGUCUUCGAAGAAAACGAUGUAUGACAAUGAUUUCCUUGGAAGGCUCUCCUCGUACACAUUGUUUCCUUUGUGUAGUAGUGGAGGUGUAACCAGCAGUUAUGUUAGAAAAGUGGAGAAGACUCUGGAUAUGCCACUAGAUAGUGAUGUCUUUGCUAUACCUCCUGGUUAUAAUGCUCCACAGCAAGUUCAUAUAACACAAGGUGACCUUAAUGGGAAAGCAACAUUAGUGUCAUGGGUGACAAUGGAUGAACCAGGGUCCAAUGAAGUGCGUUACUGGAGUGAAAACAGCAAGCAAAAGAAGCUUGCUAAAGGAAAAUAUGUUACGUACACAUUCUUCAAUUACACUUCUGGUUUUAUUCAUCAAUGCACCAUCACCAAUUUGGAGUAUAACACCAAAUAUUACUAUGAAGUUGGACUUUUGAACACAACAAGGCAGUUUUGGUUUGUGACUCCUCCUCAAGUUGGUCCUGAUGUGCCAUAUACAUUUGGUCUCAUAGGUGAUCUUGGUCAAACAUAUGAUUCAAAUAAAACUCUUACUCACUAUGAAAUGAACCCAAGAAAAGGACAAGCUUUGAUGUUUGUUGGAGACCUUUCUUAUGCAGAUCAUUACCCUUAUCAUGAUAAUGUUAGGUGGGAUACUUGGGGAAGAUUUAUAGAAAGGAGUGUUGCUUAUCAACCAUGGAUUUGGGUUGCAGGCAACCAUGAACUUGAUUUUGCUCCAGAACUUGGUGAAAGUGUACCUUUCAAGCCAUAUACACAUAGGUAUCAUGUUCCUUAUAGAGCGUCACAGAGUACAGCACCCUUUUGGUAUUCUAUCAAGAGAGCAUCAGCACAUAUUAUUGUAUUGGCCUCAUAUUCAGCUUAUGGGAAAUAUACACCACAAUACACAUGGCUAGAACAAGAGCUAUCAAAAGUUAAUAGAACAGAGACUCCAUGGUUGAUUGUUCUCUUGCAUUCACCUUGGUAUAACAGCUACAACUACCACUACAUGGAAGGUGAAUCAAUGAGAGUAAUGUUUGAGCCCUGGUUUGUGCAGCACAAGGUUGAUGUCGUGUUCGCUGGCCACGUUCAUGCCUAUGAACGAUCUGAACGUGUGUCCAAUAUUGCAUACAACAUUACGAACCGUCGAUGCAUUCCUGUGAAAGAUAACUCAGCUCCAGUAUAUAUAACCAUUGGUGAUGGAGGAAACAUUGAAGGCUUGGCAAACAACAUGACAAAACCACAACCAGAUUACUCAGCAUACAGAGAAGCAAGCUUUGGACACGCCAUUUUUGACAUAAAAAACAGAACUCAUGCUUACUAUAGUUGGCAUAGGAAUCAAGAUGGAUAUGCUGUGGAAGCUGAUUCCAUGUGGUUUUUUAAUAGAUAUUGGUAUCCUGUUGAUGAUUCCACAACUCAUGUAUCAUAUUAA